AUGAAAGUUGAGUGCGAGCAGACCUACAUAAAAGUACUAAUUAUUAAGGAUUAUUUUGAUUGGAAAAAUGUAAGCAUGGACUCUGUACAGCUGAUAGAUGAUGCUUGCAAAGCUUCACUAGAAGUCGUAAAUGGAGAAGAAUACUAUGCCAUCACUAUUCACCACAGUAAUAACUCUAGUUGUGGUACUGUUGUGCUGAGUAAUGCUACACACAUCAUGUAUAUGAAUGAACUGGAGACUCAACAUGCAACAGGCAUUAUCACCAGGCUCCCUUCUGAAGCAGUUGACUUCACUUGUAUAUACUACCGUGAAAGGACAGUGCAGCUUGCUUUUCCAAUACAGCCACAGACUACAAUUGCAGUACUCCAUGUGCAGGAAGGAGCUGUCACUGUAUCAAUGGCUCUCUAUGAAAGUGUCAAGUACGAGACUGCUUAUGUGGACCUGCCAGUUAUACCUUGGUCAGAGCGGUUGUACAUCAGCUUGAAGAUUGAGCCUGGAGAACAGAACUUGUUUAUCUUGACCAUAAAUGAUUGCUGGGCAACACCAACCAAAAAUCCAGAUGACCUGCCUCAGUAUUACCUAAUAAAGAAGGGAUGUCCUAGUGAUGAGACUGUGCAAUAUCACAAUCAAAUUGGAAAUGAGACGACAGCCAAUUUCAGUGUGCAAAUGUUUCGAUUUACCAAGUAUCCUGUGGUGUUUCUGCAUUGUAGAACUGAAAUUUGUGUUCCUGACAGUCUGGAACCUUGUAUCAUUGAAUGCCCUAACCAAUCACAGAGAACCAAAAGAGAGACAUACACCAGUGCCACGGGGUUGCUGACUUAUGGACCUGUUCAAUGGACGCAGCCCAAGUCACAUCUACCUGAAACUCAUAAGCCUAACCUUGUGCUUGCUACCGUUCCUGGUAUAGUUGUGGUAUCGUCAAUGGUGUUCCUUGUCCUCGCAUUUACUUUGGUUAAAAUAAUGAGAACAUAAAAUCAGCUCUGUGACCUGCAAAUUGUAAGAACAAAU